AUCUCCAUCGAUGCUCCUCUUCGACAUCUUGCGUAAAUUGUUCAAGUUCAAUCAAGCUUGGGCGUUUGAUUUUCAACGUUCGCGGCCGCAACAUUUUGUCGAACCCGGUAAAUUCUCGGCGCGCUAGAGACCUCCGCAUCAACCUUGUGAAGCAGCAGCGAGCCCUACUUUCCAGCCCCAUCAACCCUUCGCCUUCCACAAGAUCGCCCAUUGGUGUGUGUUAUUCAGACACCAUGUAUAACAUUGCCCGCGCCCGGCCGCUGUCCCGCGCUCUCAGAGCAGCUGUUGACACUCCAUUAAAGCGCUCCGCGGUACAACAGAGGAGAUGCCUAGCGAUUCACGAAUAUAGGUCCGCAUCGCUGCUCGAAUCGUACGGUAUCGGCGUACCCAAGGGUGGUGUCGCGACCAGCGGAGCAGAGGCGGAGAAGAUCGCAAAGGAAAUCGGCGGAGAGGAUGCUGUUAUCAAGGCCCAGGUUCUUGCCGGUGGCCGAGGAAAGGGCACCUUCGACAACGGCUUCAAGGGCGGUGUCAGAGUUGUCUACUCUCCCCGCGAAGCAUCUAUCCUCGCCGACCAGAUGAUCGGUCACAAGCUGAUCACCAAGCAAACUGGAGCUGCCGGCCGGCUCUGCAAUGCCGUCUACAUCGUCGAUCGCAAGUUCGCGCGCCGAGAGUUCUACCUUGCCAUCCUCAUGGACCGCGGCUCGCAAGGCCCCGUCAUUGUCGCUUCGUCGCAAGGUGGUAUGGAUAUCGAGACUGUCGCGAAGGAGCACCCCGAGGCUAUCAUCACAACCCCAAUCGACAUCCACAAGGGCGUCACCGACGAUAUUGCGCGCAACAUCGCCACAGAGCUUGGUUUCUCGGAACAGUGCAUUGAGGAUGCCAAGGACACCAUCCAGAAGCUGUACCAGGUCUUCAUGGAGAAGGACGCUACCCAGAUCGAGAUCAACCCUCUGUCUGAGACGACCGAUCACCAGGUCCUCGCCAUGGACGCCAAGCUAAACUUCGACGACAACGCCGAUUUCCGUCAGAAGGAAAUCUUCGAAUGGAGGGACAUUACCCAGGAGGAUGCUGAUGAGGUCAAGGCCGCCAAGGUUGGCCUGAACUUCAUCAAGCUGGACGGUGACAUCGGCUGCCUUGUCAACGGUGCCGGUCUGGCCAUGGCGACCAUGGACAUCAUCAAGCUGAACGGUGGCGCGCCCGCUAACUUCUUGGACGUUGGCGGUGGUGCUACACCCGAGGCUAUCCGACAGGCUUUUGACCUGAUCACCAGCGAUCCUAAGGUUACUGCUAUCUUCGUCAACAUCUUCGGUGGUAUCGUGCGAUGUGAUGCUAUUGCCAAGGGUCUGAUCCAGGUCGUUCACGAGAUGAACCUGAAGACACCUGUUAUUGCUAGGUUACAGGGUACCAACAUGGAGCAGGCGCAUAAGCUGCUCAACGACUCAGGCCUCAAGAUCUUCUCCAUCGACGACCUCCAAGCCGCUGCUGAGAAGUCCGUCCAGUUCUCCAAGGUCGUGAAGAUGGCUCGUGACAUCGACGUUGGUGUCGAAUUCACUCUCGGUAUUUAAACACCUUUCCAGCUGAGACUUCGUACUUGAUGCUUGAUGCACCCGUAACCGAGUGAGCGAUCAAGAAGUUUUUCAUACAUGGGCACGGUCGAUAGUGUGUUACUGGAUCUAUUGAACCAUUUGUAUAGUUUAGUACUCAUGUUUGUGCGUUGUGCCUUUUGCGCAAACGUGCGAGGAUGUAUUUAGAUGCAUGAGAGCGUUUCCCUGUUUGAACUUGUUUAGUGCAACCAUCGUCCGUCCCUCCGUCUUGAUCGUAACAGUCUGCGCCACCCUUUGCGGCCAUGACAGCUAACGUUUAUCAGGGUCUCAGCGCUAGAGCGUCUCCUUUGCAUCUUUCAUGGGACCCUUUCGAAAGUCACACAGCCCGGGAUUGCCGUUCCGUUGCGAUUACCCUAGUGUGAUGACAGACUGCGAUUGAACAUAAGAGAAUAUGGG